CGGUUGGCAAGCGAAACGCAGUGGCUGUGAAAAAAAAGUAGUAAAAUUUCGCACAGCACCGGACAGAGCUUGCGUCAAGCGCGUCAGUAGCCGGGUGAGAUUGAUCAUAGAAAAAAGUGAAAAUCUUUCAGUGUCAUGAAACUUUAGAAAAUUUAAUUUUCGAAUUUUUACACAGUCCGAAUAAUAGUUCCGUCAUUGUCCUGGAAUAUGGUUGGAGAAAAUUCGCGAGAUAAAUGGAAUAAAAAAAUAUGAAGAAUGCAGUAAAAUAUUGAAGCGACGUUAUCUCGUCUUCUGUGUUGAACGUGAAGAAGACACUGACAAGGGAACCGAGUGAUAUAAUGAAACCAAGUGCGAUAGUUUUACUGUUACUCCUGAUCCUUUCUAUCCACAUUCUGACAGCCGAAUCUAAGCUGCAGCAGCAAACGUCAGUGGACGAUGACGACGAUGACGAAGAGUGGGACGAGGAUGACGACGAUGACGAAGGACACAUGAAACCGGAAAUAGACGACGAUGGAAGGAUAUACAAAAAUCCACGCAACUCCCCAUCGGCUAUGUGUCCUCGCGACGAGGAGCAAGCUGAGCUUCUUGGACAGAAGUGUCUACGCAAAUGUUCGACUGACGAGGAUUGCAAGAGCAAGAAAAAAAAGUGCAGGUGCGACGGCGCUUGCGGUAUGUCCUGCAUAAAACCGGAUCGAGAAUGUCCUGAAUUGACCAAUAUUGAUCACGGCACAUUGACCGUCACUGGACGACUGUUCGGUGACAGAGCUCACUACAAUUGCCAUAGAAAUUAUUCGAUCGUUGGACUCUCGGAUAGGAUCUGCAGAGCAGAUGGCCAUUGGACUGGUAGCACGCCGUCUUGCAAAAAUAGUAGCAAUUUUUUUUGCAACGAGCCACCCAAGGUCUCAAAUGCCAGACACUCGGCACUUAUGGAUCAGAUGACUUUUGAUAUUGAUAGUACGGUACAUUAUACCUGUAAUCACGGUUACGUCACCGCCGGCUUUCAACAGGCCAAGUGUCUUUUGAUGGACAGUACCGCUAGCUGGUUCGGUCCUGAUAUAAUUUGCGAACCACAAAAGUGCGGCGCACCUACCGAUAUCGCAAACGGAUGGCACGCUGGUGAAUGCUACACGUACGAUUGCCGUGUUUCUUAUCACUGUGCCGACGAUUACGAAUUGGUGGGUCGUUCGGAAAAAGUUUGUCUGGCUGACGGUACAUGGGCACCCAAAGAAUUGCCGCAGUGUGUACAGAUUACGACAGUGGAAUGCUCACCGCCUGAAAAUCCCCAACAUGGAAAAGCCGUGUAUACGUCGUACGCGUACAACUCCAUUGUGUCGUACGAGUGUAAAUACGGCUUUACGAUAAUUGGUGUUGCGACGAGACGUUGCGGCGCAGACAAACGAUGGUCGGGACAGGCGCCGAGAUGUCAGGAAAUCAAUUGCGGUUCUCCAGGGAUUCUUUAUAAUGGCUGGAUCGAGAACAUUGAGUCAGGCGCGAGUAUAAUCUUCCGUUGCAACAAGCACAUGAAGCUGGAGGGAAAUACGUCAUCGGUGUGUCAGAUCGAUGGAAAGUGGCGAUAUCCGGUGCCCCAAUGUUUGGCGCCUUGCGUAGUGCCGCAAAUUGAGAACGGCCACAUAGUCGUAGCCAGUCGCGAGCGCGAUCAUAUCAAUAACGUGACAGUGGUGGAGCACGGUGAGAGACUUAUCGUGAAGUGCGUACAAAAUUAUGAAUUCGCCGCCAACAGUACACCAGUCGUCUGUAACAAUGGUACAUGGACGAUAAUACCGACCUGUUCGCCAGCACGUUGCAAACAGAUGCCAAAGGCACCAAAACAGGGAAUCGUGAUCGCGCCGAAAACCGAUCACGGUAUGAGGGCUGUUUUCAAGUGUAAGGAUGGCUUCGAGCUGGUGGGCGGUGGUCCUGAAAAUACGAGUACGUUCGUCGAGUGUCGAUAUGGAAACUGGACCGGUGAUAUACCACACUGCAUCGAGGUUUACUGUCCGUUCCCAGGUUAUAUACCGCACGGGAAGAUCCUUCUCGUUGGCAACAUGGGCGUUUACGAUUAUAGAUCUUACGUUAAGAGGAUCGUGAAUAAUAAGCAAAUAAUGUACGAUUGCGAUCGAGGAUAUGUUCUCAGCGAAGGUCCACCGGGAGCUACCUGUAUAGGUGGUAAUUGGAGUCCUAAGGAACUUCCCACGUGCAUUCUCGGACAGCAUCCCAGGAUCAGAUGGAACAGAAGACGCAGAUCGCUCGACGUCAGGAAGGGCGAGGCUACCUUGAAUUAUAGAAGAUUUAUAGAAUUCUUUAAGAGGAUCAGUAAGAGGGUCUUUCACAUGGAGACGAUCAAAGGUCACGAUAGGUACAAGCAUAGGAUCCGUAACGAGAGUCUCUUGAAAAAUAGCAGCGAGAUUGAUAAUGGCACUGUCAAUGAAUUCUGGAAGGAUUAUUCAACGCGUAGAAAUAAGACCUGGGUCAUCGAUCGGGGAAUGAUUGAUUUUCUCAAGAUCGUCUAUCGGCGACUGAUAAAGAUCGAUGCCAGACGUGCCAGGAAUCGAACGCACGCAGGCAUGCACGAGUUACUCAACGUUAUGAGCAUGAAAUUCUUUCGCGUGGACCUGACAGCAUCUUCUGGAAAUACGUCUCACGUGGCCAAGGAGCACGUGGAUGUCAAGUUCAAGAAUCAUAAGGAGUACGUCAAACUCAAAAGAGAUUUCGAGAGGAUCGUUAGGUUAUACGGUAGAUCCGUACAGUGGCACGGGAAGCACAGGCUUAUGGAUAACAGGAGACGAUAUCAGAUGGCGCAUUCACGUAAUGAUAAGGAAAUACAUUCAGAGGGGAAAAAGCACAAAGCUAAUAAUUACUACCAGGGUUUUUAUGAAUUUAUCAAUAAUUACAUGAAUGAAAAAUUAUCGAUAGACGAGGCGCAGAAUGCCACGGAGGAGCUUAUCAAGAAAAUGAAUAUCAAUAAGUUUACCGUUCGAAACGGUACGACGUUUACAAUCGGCGACAUAUACGCGUUCUUUAAACAUAUCAUAGAAAAAAAAUUGAACUCUAGCGACUCGUCGAGCAAUCAGACCGUCGAGGGUGGGGAUGGUGGGUCAAACAGUGGGCGACGAGGAUUCUCAAGUAACUACGCAGUCUCGACCACGUCGCCAGGUUCCUUGAUAAAUAAUGAAAUUCCGGCGACGGAUUUUAAAGACGGCGUCGCCAAGCAUCGCAGUAAGAGAAUACGCAAGACUUCGGAGGAGCCGAGUGCUUCUUAUAAGAGGAAGUUGCUCUCCAUUAAUCAUCCCUUAACCAGCGAAGAAGACAAUGAAAAUACGCGCUAUAAGAGAUCAUCCGAAUUCACCCUAAACGAACUCGAAGCGCAACAGCAAAGUCGCUCAAAGAGAUUCCUGUCGCCGUCCGAAUUGGAUAAUCAAAUAUUUCUGAAGAACUUGUAUCUUAAUGCAUACGAGGAGGAGUACAGGGCGAAUGUGAAACGCUCAAUUUUCAAAAGUAAUCGUACAACCUGGCCACCCCUUAAACGUCGUAAGGGUAACCUGGAGCGGUACGAGAUUAAGUGAAAAAAUAAAAAAUAGCAAUGUAUUGUGAUAUUAUGGAAUUUAAUAAGGUAUUUACCAAUUUUAGGCGAGUAUACAUGUAUUAUGUAUAGAUUAUCAUCCCCAAGAAAUAUCUUCCAAUUUAAUAACCCCCCACCCGAUCUACAUUGUAACGUGUACGCUUUUUUGGAAAAAAAAAAGAUAAA